AUGAAGAAGGUGUCGGCGCCGCGAUGCAAUAGUUUCUGUUUCAGACAGUCGUCGUUAUAUGUUCGAGCACCUACGAACAACAAUGCAGGGUCGGGUCGUGUACAGGUGUACAGGAUGCAGGAAAGAAGGAAAGACUAUCAGCAUUGUGGUUUUGGAUGGAUGCGACCUCGUAGGAGAUCCCGUUUAUCUCCCGCAUGUGUGCCGGCCAUGGAAAAAUGCACAGGAAAGGGUAAAUCGGAUGGUGAAAUGGAGCGCGACGACAUGCUUCAUUACUUCUACAGGAACGGAUACGAAGCACGCCGUCGCACGAUUGCGAGGUAUUUUGUGUCCUCGAUAGUCGACUCCAAUGCAAACUUUGUGCUUUUGCCUUUUGGGAAGAACGAGCAGAUGUACGACACGAUUUUCGGAACGAUGAGGGACGCGAUCGCCGCCGCAGGAGGAGCGCUGGAUUUACGGAUCAUUGUGGAUUUUGAAAAAGCCGCUAUUAAUGCGGCAAAGAGGGCCUUCCCAAGUGCAUCUGUAGAGGGGUGCGCUUUUCAUUUAGCUCAGGCUUGGAAUAGAAAAAGAGAUGCACUUGGAUUGCGCUCCACAGAGACCUGCCGAACCGAAGAAGCUCCGGAAGAAGGACAGGGACCGUCGGUACCGAAUCAACAGGGAAAUGCAUCGCUUCAAGAGGGUGCUCCGUCGAGAUCUGAGAUGGAUUCGAACGUCGACUAUCACGGCGUACUGUCGCCGGAUGUCGCAUUACGUCACGGAGAAAGUUGUUUAGUGGGUAUGAGUACUGGUUUGGGUUGUACGGGUCAGCAAUGGCCCAUAUUUCUGUAA